AUGACCAGUCCUCGAGUCUUCGUGAUCCGCCAUGGUGAAACCGAAUGGUCUCUCAAUGGUCGACAUACAGGCAUCACUGAACUUCCUUUGACUGCCAAUGGAGAAAAGAGAAUUCGUGCAACGGGAAGAGCAUUAAUUGGUGAUGAUCGAUUGAUUGUUCCUAGAAACUUGGCUCAUAUCUAUGUCUCCCCACGGAAACGUGCCCAAAGAACCCUCGAACUCCUCGAAGUGGGGUGUGCCGAGAAACUUCCAUGGGAAGAACGAAGAAAACAUGCUGAAUUUGGAAUCCGCACAUCAGCAAAAGUAGAAAUCACCGAAAACAUCCGGGAAUGGGAUUACGGUUCUUACGAAGGAAUCACCUCUGCACAAAUCCGCUCUGAUCGCAAAGCCGCCGGACUUCCCGAGUGGGAUAUUUGGCGCGAUGGUUGUCCAGAUGGCGAAUCCCCUGAACAAGUCACCGAACGCAUCGAUGCUCUUAUCUCAGACAUCCGAUCCAAAUACCACGGUCCCGUAAUCGGGAAAGAUAAAAAGGAUGCGGGAACGGGAGAUGUGUUGAUUGUAGCGCAUGGACAUAUAUUGAGAGCGUUUGCGAUGAGAUGGGUUGGAAAAACGUUACAGGAUGGACCGACUUUUUUGCUCGAGGCGGGAGGAGUAGGAACGUUGAGUUAUGAACAUAAGAGUUUAGAAGAACCGGCUAUCUUGCUGGGUGGUGCGUUUAUGGUGGAUGUGGUUGAGAAUUCGGUAGAGGAUGAGAAGGAAAAGGAGGGGAAAUAA